ACAUUGUUCGCUCUUUCCAUGUUUGCAAAGGCCAGAAAAAAGUCAAGACCAAAACUACCAAUUGGAGAACGGACCGGCAAUAUCAUAUAAACUGUCUAAAAUGUUAAAACAAUCAUAUUAAUUAACAUCUCCUUCAGUCUGAAUUCUGUCUUUCAUGGCAACUUCCAACACCAUUAAAAUACAGGAGGUUUCUCAGGUUACUCCUUUCUCCGACUCAACCACUGAGUUUUCUCUUCCUCUAACAAAAUUCGAUACGCUUUGGAUCAAGUUUCCUCCGGUUGAGCGCCUUUACUUCUACCAAAUCACUGACUUAACCCCUCAUUUCUUCAACUCUUUUAUCCUCCCAGACCUAAAGCACUCUCUUUCCCUCGCUCUCCUUCAGUAUCUUCCUCUUGCUGGUAAUCUAAUCUGGCCCCCAGAUGCCCCAAAGCCUUUCAUCUACUACUCCCCAGACGACGGGGUUUCUGUCACCGUUGCAGAAUCUACCGCCGACUUCAAUUCACUUUCUGAUAAUGGAAUCCAUGAAGCUGCCGAACUUCAUCCUUUAAUCCCUCAGUUGGUGACAUCUGAUGACAAAGCAGCGAUGAUCGCUAUACAGAUAACCUUCUUUCCGAAUCAAGGAUUUUGCAUCGGAAUAACAACUCACCACGCAAUUCUUGAUGGGAGAAGCUCAACCAUGUUUAUCAAGUCUUGGGCUUAUCUAUGCAAACAAUUAGGUGAAGCUCCAGAAGAAGAACCUUCUUUGUUACCAGAACUAAUCCCGUCUUUUGGCCGAUCAGUCAUCAGAGAUCCCACCGGAAUCGACAUGGAGUAUGUCAACAACUGGGUUGCUUAUACCAACACACGAAGCUUGAAGCUUCUGCCAAACAUAGUACCGAAUACCGAUUGGGUUCGCGCCACAUUCGAGUUGACCCGUGAUGAUAUUCAGAAAAUAAGGAAUCAGGUGUUGCUUAUAUUUAACAAGGAGAGGGAAGAGAAACAAGAACAGUUUCAUUUAUCAACUUUUGUGCUGACAUUGGCAUAUGCAUUCGUCUGUUUGGUUAAAGCGAGAAGAGAGGACGAUGACAGAGAAAUACUUUACGGAUUCACAGCAGAUUACAGGACCCGUUUAGAUCCCCCAGUUCCAUUGAAUUAUGUUGGCAACUGCGUUAUGCCACAUUAUUUCUAUGCAACCGCAAGAGAUUUCACGAAUGAAAACGGGGUUGCCUUUGCUGCAGAGAAGUUAAGCGAUGUGAUCAAAGCACUAGAAAGGGGAGAACUUGAAGGAAGAAAAGAUACACUUUCAAGGCUGAUGCCAUUCCUAAAAGCUCUGUCCGAAGGAGUACAAGGUCUGUCGGUAGCCGGGUCGACUCAGUUUGACGUCUACGGAUCCGAUUUCAGGUGGGGGAGACCCAGAAAGGUAGAGAUUGUGUCGAUAGAUAGGAGUGGAGCCCUUGCUUUGGCGAAAAGCAGAGAUAAAACCGGCGUUGUCGAGAUUGGUUUAGCUUUGAAGAAGCAAGAAAUGGAAGUUUUUGCUUCUCUAUUUGUUGAUGGGCUCAAAGAUUGACAUGUAUUCAGCACAUUUUAUUUUCUUUUACGUGUAUUUGUUCAAAUUUCCCUAUUGUCUGUCAAGAAAAUAAUCAAGUCUAGAAGAUGUUUGGAGUCUCGUUUUCCCAAUUUUAUGAAUAAUUAUCUCAAUUUCAUGCUAAA